AAGCUCUCUGCCUGUCUCCUCUGGUAGAUUCCACAAUGGUACAGCCAGCAUCACGCUGCACAAUGGUUUCCAGGCAGUGAAAGAGCGUGAUUCAGCAAGCCACUCUUUUUUUUUUUCCCCCCCCCUUUUUUUUUUUCCUUCCUUUAUUUCAUUAUUAUCAGACAUUUUGCCUCCCCUUUUUCUGUUCUGCUCUACCCUUUCCCCCAGGCAUUCAUUUAGUUCUUUAAAUGAAAACAGUGAUUUACCUUGAAUCCAACUGCCCAUCUUCUUUUUUUUUAUUAUUAUUAUUAUUAUCAUCAUAAAUAACCCAUUUUUUCCUUGCCACUGUUUGGAAUGUGAUUUUAAAAAUACCACCUACAGUCGCAGUUUGGGGGAAAGGUUUCUGGACGAGGAAAAUAGCUCGCAAGCACGGAAUGGGCUAGUAUUAGAAACCUGUACCAGCAGCAGGCCAGGCUCAAGUAUCAGUUAUGGCAACCCAUGCAUGAAGUUGAUGCCUUUGAACCAUUUCCUAUAGAUGAGACAUAGCACAUGCUGUGCUGUCUUCCGCUGGGACGAGGUGAAACUUCUCCAGGCUGCAUUUGCUGAGCAUUGGUCCCCAGAUUUGCAGCUCUUCCUGGGAAGAUCUCAGAACAGAACAAUUACAAGUCACCUGGACAAAAUGUAACUUCACUGUCACUAUCCUAUCCCUGGUAUUUAUGAGCCGCCAUUUCUUGUAUUAUUGUGGUGAACCUACUCUGGAUGUGAAGAUUGCCUUUUGUCAGGUGUGUGUCCCUUACAGGUAAACCAAGGGAUUUGGGAAACAAGUGGAUGUGUCAUAUAUUGCCAAACAUUACAACAUGAGCAAAAGCAAAGUUGACAACCAGUUCUACAGCGUGGAAGUAGGUGACUCAACCUUCACGGUUCUCAAACGCUACCAGAACUUGAAACCUAUUGGCUCUGGGGCUCAGGGAAUAGUUUGUGCUGCAUAUGAUGCCAUCCUUGACAGAAACGUGGCCAUUAAGAAGCUCAGCAGACCUUUUCAGAACCAAACUCAUGCCAAGCGAGCUUACAGGGAGCUGGUCCUCAUGAAGUGUGUGAAUCAUAAAAAUAUUAUCAGUUUAUUAAAUGUCUUCACACCACAGAAAUCUCUGGAGGAAUUCCAGGAUGUUUACCUGGUAAUGGAAUUAAUGGAUGCCAAUCUGUGCCAGGUCAUUCAGAUGGAGCUAGACCAUGAACGUAUGUCUUAUCUACUGUACCAAAUGCUCUGUGGUAUCAAGCAUCUUCACUCUGCAGGAAUUAUUCACAGGGAUUUAAAACCAAGUAAUAUUGUGGUAAAAUCUGACUGCACUUUGAAGAUUUUGGAUUUUGGACUGGCCAGGACUGCGGGCACUAGCUUCAUGAUGACUCCCUAUGUGGUGACACGUUACUACAGAGCACCAGAGGUCAUCUUGGGAAUGGGCUACAAGGAGAAUGUGGAUAUAUGGUCUGUGGGAUGCAUUAUGGGAGAAAUGGUUCGCCACAAAAUCCUCUUUCCAGGAAGGGACUAUAUUGAUCAGUGGAAUAAAGUUAUUGAGCAGCUGGGAACACCCUGUCCAGAAUUCAUGAAGAAGCUGCAGCCAACAGUACGGAACUAUGUUGAGAACAGACCCAAGUAUGCUGGCCUCACUUUCCCCAAACUUUUUCCAGACUCUCUCUUCCCAGCUGACUCAGAACACAACAAACUCAAAGCCAGCCAAGCCAGGGACCUUUUAUCAAAGAUGCUAGUCAUUGAUCCAGCCAAGAGAAUAUCAGUAGAUGAAGCCUUACAGCAUCCAUACAUUAAUGUCUGGUAUGACCCGGCAGAAGUGGAGGCGCCGCCUCCUCAGAUAUAUGAUAAACAGCUGGAUGAAAGAGAACAUACAAUUGAGGAAUGGAAAGAACUUAUCUACAAAGAAGUAAUGAACUCUGAAGAAAAGACUAAAAAUGGUGUAGUAAAAGGACAGCCUUCUCCUUCAGGUGCAGCAGUGAACAGCAGUGAAAGCCUCCCUCCAUCCUCAUCUGUCAAUGACAUCUCAUCCAUGUCCACGGAUCAAACACUGGCGUCUGACACAGACAGCAGCCUGGAAGCUUCUGCGGGACCCCUUGGUUGUUGCAGGUGACUAGCCGCCUGCCUGCGAAACCCAGCGUUCUUCAGAGGAUGAUGUAAUUUAGGAGGAAAAAUUAACAGGAGUUAAGAAAUGAAAAGGAAGAGAAAUAAAAUACAAAGAUUUAAGUGAAACAAGCAAAAUCUUUUCAGCCUGCUUCUCCUACAGAGUUAUGUAAUGCAGCUAAGCUCAAGUGUAUAUUUAACUUAUAGUUGCUCUGCUUUGGUCUUCUUCCAAUGAUGCUUCCUGGGGGCAAGGAAAAAAGGAACUGAAAAAUCCUUUUUUUUAAUCCCCUCCCCAUAAGAUGUAAAAUUAAUGGCUGCAAAACCAGCAACCUGCAGCUGUCCUUUUCACACUGGCAUGACAAGGUGUGCAGUAGUCACUCCCAAACAUACAAGUGUGUAUCUGCCUUCACUCUCUGUUCUGUCGUCUUCUGCCCAGUGAUGCAGAUAGGGAUACACAUGCAUUGUUCUUCAUAUACCAAUAGCACAUACACACAGGUGCCAAUAGAAUUCUGUCAGCUCAUGCAGCUGUGUGCCUAUAGGAACAUGCACAUCUGCAUACCGACUUAAUGUGCACUUCACCACUGUAAAUGGCCCAUUUCAGAUGAACUGCAUAACUACAUCUGUGAUAUUACCAGUAUAUAUUAGAUUUGUUUAUUCAUUGAUGAGGUUGCAUAACUUGUGUGAGGAUUUGUGGAAGUGUAAAUAACCACAUUGAACUGUGGCUCCCUCAGACACUUGAAGAUGUAGCACCAAAAUUUCUGUUGAGAUUUGUAUAUAUAUUUUGAAAUAAUAAGCAGUUUGUAUUGAAAGAAGAAGCCAUAGAGCUUCAUAGAAAAAUGUUCGUGAAUGUUAAGACUUGUUAUGAUUUUUAAAGCAGAUAUGCCAAGCUAAAACCAGGUUAGAAGGAAGCACAUGUAUCUUUGCAAGAUACAGGGAACAGAAAUGAUGGGGUUUUUAUGCAUGUCUAAGCCCAGAAGGUUUUAUCUCAGUAAGCAGCUUUUCCUGCCAAUGUUAAGUGAGUUAUCAUCUUAGUUCAUAGAUAGGUUUGCUAUUAUGAAUUACAUGUAUUCAUAAUAUAUGUGGCUUGUAUGUUAGAGUGGUAUGACAGGGUUGGGAAAAAGGCAGAAAAAUAUCAAAAGGUCAUGAAACAACUUGUUUUUAUUUUACUUCUAUGUCUUUAUAGGUUAAAUAUUUGCAGCCCACUCCCUCUCUAGUAUAUGUUUGCAGCUUAGAGGGUUUUUUUUCCCUUUAAAUAAUUCUCUUGCAGGGAUCUCUACUGCUAAGACAACAGGCCUUCUCUAGGUGCUUUCGGCUGUUCCUUUGCUUGUGACAAACCAUCUGACUCCCUCAGGAAGUCUUAUCCGCUGUGUUACAUGGAAAGGAACCACAGAGUGCGUGGGUCUAGUAUUCCUGUAUUCUGAGUAAUAGCAGAGGAUAUCAAUCAGCUAGUGUGCUGGGCUGAAGUGGUCUCAAUCAGGGGUCUUAGGUGGUUUAGACAGAAAAACCCAACAGUGACUGAUUUUACCAGGUAAUAAUACAUAGGAUUUGCUGUGGUAAGUAACAGCAAGUGUUUUUAUCAGAGAAUGGCAAAGCUCCACCCAGAAUGUCAGAACAACUGACAGCUAAAACAUCAAUUAGCAUUUUCCAGUGCAAGGUCAUCACCUGAGUUGGAAGCUAACUAAAAUCCAAGUCAUCUCUCCUCUUACCAGAGUAUUUCAUGUAAACUGAAAUGAGCUAAAUUGUACUCCAAUGUUUUCCAAAUGUUAAAGAAAGAAACUGUUUUGACUAUAUUAAUGCAUAUUUUGAAUUCAUUGAUUCUUAUGUAUUCAAAAUUCUACCAAAAUAAGACUGUUCUAUUAGGUAGCUUACAAGCCUGCCAUUUGUGGUAGGAAAAAAACGUGAGUAUUAAGUCCAGUUUUGCUCAAAGGGAAGGAAACAAAAGCAAGAAACAUUCUCUCCAGGGUGAGAAAGAGGGGAGGUAAAACAUAAGUGGAUAUGAAAUAAUUUCAGACUUGGUGGGCCUGAGCUGUCUCAAAAUUGCUGUAGGAAACGUUUUGUGUUUUUUUUCCCCAGAUAUAUUUUUGGUAGAUUUUUAUAGAAAUCUUUUUGAGAACAAGAUUAGGUUAAUAAUGUUCUAAAGUAACUGUAAAAGCAAUAAUUUACUACUGCUGAAAAUAUUUAGCAAUAUUCUCUCUUAAGCCAUGAAAUACAAAGUCAUUGUUGAGUGAUGUGACUCUCACUUCAAAGCCAGUGAUCAUAAAUGUAUUGAAAGGUAAACAGCAACGCUUUGUAGAUAUGAAGGCAAUAACCCCAAGGGUGACUUCUUAGCAAUAAUCAAAUGUAUCAUCUCCAGAUUUAAUUCGCCACAGAUAUUUGUUAAUAAUAUUCAGGUAACUAGUAUCUGCUUUACGUUCCUUAGUGCACAGCAUUUGAGUGUUUUAUUUAAACGGAAAAAAAAAAAGGUGUCUAAAAGAGGCAAAGCUGUAUGUAAGAGAAACUGCAAAAAUACCACAAAUGUAGACCAUAGAAACUUGGAAUAAUCACAGUUCAUUGACAGUGAUAUUGUGGAGAUAUGGCAUAGGCAGUAGCAGAGAAGCCCAUUUAUGGUAGACAGAUGCUUACAGAUCUCCCAUAUUCCAUCUAUCAGAGUCAAAAAAUGCGCUCUUAGUCCCCUGAUACUCAGCCUUGUUUGGGUUUGUGAAGUGUGGGUGAAGAACCAGUCAGCAUAGAUGUCCUAGUGAUCAGCACUAAAUCAGCCCACAGCAAUUAUAUAGCUUUAUUUCCAAAAGCCCUGAUUCCAUUAAGCACCCAUGCUUGUACAGACACUUAAUGGAGACUAUAGGGAUGCACACAUAAUUUCAACUGGCAUGUGCUUUUGUCCUUUGCUCAACAGUGAUCAACAUCAGCAUGUGCUUAAGUGCCUUGCUGAAAUGGGGCUUAAAAGAAUUAUUGCAUCUCUUUUUGUCCUCAGAUUAGUCUCCUUUAUGAGAAGCUUUACCUGGGGGAGGAGACUUGGGCUGUCCACAUUGGACACUAGGAACAAAAAAAAAAGCCAUUAGUGAAGAAAA